AUGAACAGAGAAAAGAUGCAGGAGCAAUGGGAGAAUUUUGGAGGCAAGGAUCUUACGAAUGAGACAACGCUUGAGCUGUUAAGACUAUGUGGAUAUGCACCACAAGAGAUGACUGUGCCUGUUCCAAGAAGCUUUGGGGAGUUUGAGGAAGUUGCAGCAGGUGUCAGGCCAUGUAUGCAGAAAGAGGAGAUGAGGAGGAUGAUUUCGCAGUUUAAUCAUAGAACACAUGUUACAAAACAAGACAUGGUGAAGUAUCUUGGGAUGGGAGAUAGGUUGAGUGAAGAGGAGAUACGAGAGUUUUUGAAAGUUUUUUCGUUUGAUAGGAAUGAUGAGGCCACUAUUGAUGAGCUUGUUGAGUUUUUGUAUGCCUCAGAUUGA